UCCUAUGCGCCUCUCUUCACUUUCCCAAAUCUCUCAAACUCUGCAAAUUAAGAAUCCGCCGCAUCCAACUUAUACUGUCGUCUCCAACUCGUCAACUCCCUCAAGGCUCAACGACUUCAUCUAGGCCACACAUAAUCACCGUCUAUUUGUUGUUUGCACUCUUUCCCGGUCUCUCUCUGUCGUCCGACGGUAGCUGCCGCCCAGCCCUCGCCGGCUUGCCCCGUCUCCUUCGACCGACGGCAGAAGUGAGCUUUAUUUGUUUUCCUUAAACCCUCAAACCCAGGCGCUGAGAACCCAAAUUUUCAGUUUUCGUAACAGCAGGGCUUCGGCGCGAGGUUUUGACUGUUAAUCCUUUAUAAUUGAGAUGGGCUUGACACGGGGCAUGAAGCGUCCGGUUGAAAUUCUAUACAAAAGACUGAGUAGUCCGGUCAAUCACAGUCAUGGUUCUGCUUUUGCGCACAACAAAGGAGCGUUAUUUACUAUGCUCUCGGAGAGAAAUGCAGCUGGAGUUCCAAACUAUUCCAAAUGUAUCAAUGGCUUUGGAAUACACUUCACUCGGAAUUACUCAUCCGAAGUAUCUUCAUCUGAACAAGUUAAUCUCAUAAAACAACUGAGGGAGAGAACAAGUGCUCCAAUAAAGGAAGUGAAAUCCGCUCUUGUUGCUUGCGACUGGGAUAUUGAGGCUGCACAGAAGGAGUUAAGGAAAAGAGGUGUUGCACUUGCAUCAAAGAAAUCUUCUCGAACUGCUGCCGAGGGUUUUCUUGCAUUGGCUCAGGAUGAGAAGAAGGCGGUACUUGUUGAACUCAACUGUGAAACUGACUUUGUCGCUAGGAAUGAAAUAUUUCAGCAUUUGGCCUUAUGCUUGGCAAAGUCUGCGUUAGUGCUCGAAGGUUCUCCACAAGCAUCUGCAACUAUUCCAGUCAGUCCUGAGUCUCUGGAGGAUUUAAAGAUAAACUUUGACCAUCCUAAGUUAACUGGAGAGAAAACAGUUCAAAAUGCAAUUACUGAGGUGGCUGUAAUGACGGGCGAGAAUGUAAAACUUGGAGGGGGUUUUGCAAUAUCUGCACCUUCAUAUGGUGUUGUGUCUACGUAUCUUCAUACAAGUCCCAUGCCAGGUAUAGGACGCAUUGCUGGACUUUUAUCUCUUGAGGUAGAGGAUAAGGAUGCUCCUUUGGAUGCUGUUCAGCGCGUUGGAUCACAAAUAGCAAUGCAUUUGGUUGCUGCGAAACCAUUGUUCCUGACGAAGGAAGAUGUUUCUUCUGAUGCACUUGGCAAUGAACGUGAUAUUCUUAGGUCUCAGGCAGAAAAAACGGGGAAGUCUCAGAUGGCUAUAGAUAAAAUGGUUGAAGGUCGACUAAGAAAGUAUUUUGAGGAAGUAGUUCUCUUGGAGCAGAAGUUUAUCGUGGAUGAUUCAGUAAACAUAACAAAAGUGCUGGAGAAUUUGUCAAAGGAAGUUGGAUCCACCGUGAAGAUCGGGAACUUUCUCAGAGUUGAAGUUGGUGAAGGGGUUAAGAGGCUCGAAGCUGCCGGUGCAACAGAACCUCUGUCUCAGACUGCUUAAAGACGGGAGCAAACCCGUCCGUGUUAACAUCACAGAGAUCGGGGCGAAUAGCUUUCUAUAACAUUGAGAAUAUUAGGACCUUUAUGCAUAACGCCUGAGGGAUUUCAAGGUGAUUUUUGAGGUGUCACUGUAUUUUUGCACAUUUCUCAACUUUGAUAAAUUUUGCUAAAUAUCUAGGAGAUAGUUAGAACUAGAAUAAUCACCAUUUUCCAUUUGCAUUUUCAUCUUGCAAUCUAGCAUUAUGGCAUGUCCUAGGUGAACUACAUGAUUUAUGAUCCAAUAACAUGUUUUAUUAUGUCCAUAAAA